AUGAACAAAAGUCCCAAAUUGAUCACAGUAAUGUUCAAUCAUUGCGCAGUCGAUGGGGUUGCAGUCCGGGAGUUUGAGGCAAAUUUAGCAGCUCUAAAUCGCGGUGGUAACUUAGUCAUUCGACCAAAUGCAGAUCGAACAAUGUUCAAAGCUCGAAACUCUCCAAACAUCAGUUUCCCACAUUUUGAAUACUCAAAAGCCACUGAUAGAACUGGCAUAUUCACUGUCCGUGGCCUGAGUGGCACCAACAUGAAACUAUCCACAACUCUUAACCCAACGCGACUUAUCUAUUUGUCCCAAGAUCGUAUUGCCAGCUUGAAGAAGGCAGCCCUUAAAGAUGGGAAGUUGAAGAGCUGCACUAGUUUUCAAGUUGUUGCAGCAAUGACUUGGAAGGCAAGGAGCAUUGCGGUUGAUAUGCCAGAUGAAAAAACUUCGACUAUUUUGAUUCCAGUAGAUGUUCGCAAACGAGUUGUGCCUCCAGCCCCACCUGGAUUUGCUGGAAAUGCAUUGGUUCCUGCCUUUGCACAUGCAACUGUGAAGGAGAUUAAGGAGGAAGAUGACUCUACCCUUGUAAGGAAGGUGCAAGAAGGGGUAGAGAGAUUGGAUGAUGAGUAUGUGAGGUCAGGGAUAGAUUGGUUAGAGGUGAAUAAAGGGGUACCUUGUGAAGAAGAUAGCUUCUCACUUGUGUCAUGGUGGAAAUUGGGGAUAGAGCAUGGUGAAUUCUCCUGGGGAAAAGUUAAGUGCGCCACAUCGGUUCUACUCAAGCCGAGCCUUGUCAUGCUGCUGCCAGGACCGGAAGGAAAGGGAGGCCUCAGCGUAUGCCUGGAACUACCUGAUGAUCAAAUGGAGUUGUUCUGCAGGUUGAUGCUGGGCGAAUAG